AUGCCGCCACCACCCCGGGAGUCCCCGCCGCGGGCGCCGCCCGGGUCGCCGCCGCCCGUCCGGAGCCCGCCGGAGCCGCCGCCGUGUAACAUCAGCGUGCAGCGCCCGCUGCCGAGCUCGCUGCUGGUGCGCUGGGGCGGAGGACCGCGGGCGGGGCCGCCGCCGUGCGACCUGCUGCUCUUCUCCACCAACGCGCACGGCCGCGCCUUCUUCGCCGCCGCCUUCCACCGCGUGGGGCCCCCGCUGCUCGUCGAGCACCCGGCGCUGGCGGCGGGCGGCGCGCGCCAGGACCUGCGCCUGUGCCUGGGCUGCGGCGGGCUGCCCGAGCGCCGGGCUGCGGCGGCGGGGGCGGGGGCGGGGGGGGCGGAGCCCCCGGCGGCCCUGCGCCCCGCGCCCGGCGGGGGGACCCCGGACCCGGCCACCGCGCCGCCGCCGCCCCCCUCCCGGGCCCCCGCCCCGCCCGCGGGCGCCCCCGCCCCCGGCCCCCUGUGGCUGCAGGCCCGGCCCUGGCACUUCUGCUGCCUGGAUUUCAGCCUGGAGGAGCUGCCCGGGGAGGCCGCCGGCUGGAGGCUCAACCGGAAGCCCAUCGAGUCCACCCUGGUGGCCUGCUUCAUGACGCUGGUCAUCGUGGUGUGGAGCGUGGCCGCCCUCAUCUGGCCCGUGCCCAUCAUCGCCGGCUUCCUCCCCAACGGCAUGGAGCAGCGCAGGACCGCCGCCGCCACCGCCGGGGGGACCGCCGUCGCCACCACCGCCGCCACCACCACCGCUGUCACCACCGGGGGGACCAUCACCACCACCACCACCCCCAUCUCCACUGUGACCGUGGGUGACCGUGGGUGA